AUGAUUCCACCUUUUGGAACAGGGGAGACUCACAUCUCAGAGAUGACAGCCUCACAGGAUGAAGAGUCUUCCAUGAGACUAGUGAACCCAGAUGACACUACCAAAGACCACCUAGAAGAGGGAGAAAGAGGUAAAAAACUCCAAGAAAAUUGUCUCAGAGUCAUCUCUGAGUCUCCUGCUAAACUUUACUGCUGCUAUGGAGUGAUCACGGUCCUCACUGUAGCUGUAGUUGUUCUUUCUGCUGCUUUGUCAGUAAGAAAAACAGAACCGUUCUCAAUCAAAAAUAAUACCUAUGCUGCUUGCCCAAGCAACUGGAGUAUAGUUGGAAAUACAUGUUUUUAUUUUUCUGAAUAUGCAAGAAACUGGACAUUCAGCCAGGAGUUUUGCAUAGCACAAGGGGCCCAACUAGCUCGAAUUGACAACCAGGAGGAGCUGAAUUUCCUAAGGAGAUACAAGGGGACUUCUGACCACUGGAUUGGCCUGCACAGAAAGUCAUCCAAGCACCCUUGGAGGUGGACAGACAACACUAAAUAUAGCAACUUGUUUCCCAUCCAUGGAGAUGGAACACAUGGCUUUCUGAGUGGCAGGAUCAGCAGUGGCAGGGGCUACAUACCUAGGAUGUGGAUUUGUAGCAAGCCCAGCAGCUACACCUUACAGUGCCAGUAGUUUUGUAUCCUGGGUAGAGAGUAUGUCAUAGUAAUCAUGAGGAACACAUAACAAGUUAUCUAUUGUUGCUGCCUCAUUAACGAUC